AUGGAUACCUCAACUUCAAACUUCGACGCUCAUAUCGCUCACAAACUGCAGAAAAUCGAUGCUGACACGGAUUAUGUAUCUGAAUCCUUCCAAUUCAUCAUCUCCAAAUCGCAACAAACUUCUCAAAAUCAAGUUCAACUACACGAUGUUAAAUACAAACUGAAGGAAGUGGAGGAUGAAUUGGUUGAAAUACUCGCAGAAAAGACACGCAAAGAGGCCAAAAGAAUGUCCUUGAUGAAUGCUAUUGCGUCUGCGAAGGCCAGAGUUGGAAACCUCGACACAAGUAUCCAAGAGGUUCGUGCCAGGAAACAAGAGUAUACGGCACUUCUAUCUGAACAAUCUCUUGCUUUGACCGCAUCCGAGGCGAAGUUAAAUGAGAGCAUUGAGUAUACAAAUGAAACACGGGAAGCCAUCUCUUGGUAUAACAGAGUGCUUGGUUUUCAUGUCAAAGGGGGACGUGGGGUAAAGUUCACAUUCAAGAAUAUAAAUGUAAAGAAUCCAAACGAAGAGUACACUUUUAUCGUCUCCCAUGAUAAAAAUACUUACACAUUGUUAAGUUGUGAACCUCCCCUCGAUGGUAUUGAAGAGUUGGUUCUUGAAUUAAACAAGACAAAUGGUCUGUUUGAGUUUGUAAAAGCAAUGCGGAAAAAAUUUCAAGAAACAUUGGUGCAAGGGAACUUAGUUCUAACAACAGUUGAACCUGGAGAAUCUGCCCUUAUCUCUACAUCUGCUCCUGAUACAUCCAUUAGAGGUGAUUCUACAACCAUAGAAAAUGAGCAUCAAGGGGAACUCUCUGAUGGUAGUGCACAAUUAAAGAAAAAAAAACGUCACGGAAGGAAAAAUUUAGCACUUUUAUCUCCUGAUUCUGUUUCAACAGUUGAACCUGGAGAAUCUGCCUUUAUCUCUACAUCUGCUCCUGAUACAUCCAUUAGAGGUGAUUCUACCACCACAGAAAAUGAGCAUCAAGUGGAACUCUCUGAUGGUAGUGCACAAUUAAAGAAAAAAAAACUUCGCGGAAGGACAAGUUUAGCCCUUUUAUCUCCUGAUUCUGCUACAUCUGCUCCUGAUACAUCCAUUAGAGGUGAUUCUACCACCACAGAAAAUGAGCAUCAAGUGGAACUCUCUGAUGGUAGUGCACAAUUAAAGAAAAAAAAACUUCGCGGAAGGAAAAGUUUAGCCCUUUUAUCUCCUGAUUCUGCUUCAUCUGUUCGCCAGUCUCCACGUUUGAAGGCUAGGAAAUAA